UACAUUUGGCGGGGCUUCAUCAGUCACGUUCAAAAGCGCUCCCGUGAUCUCCUCUUAAUUACGUCCAUUAGUGAGCUUAAUUUGGGUGACUUUGCCGUUAAUCUUCUCGUAUAUAAUAGCAAGAAACUCCUCAGCGGCAUAGUAGAGAAAACAAAAGCUCAGAAAAGAGAGUCUGGGGUUAAGGUUCUUACUGCUUCAGCAUGGGAUCAGAAACAGACCUUCAGAGUAUUAGUGAGGCUAUUUUCAGGAAUGACCUCACUUCACCAAGAUCUGCAUCACCCUGUAUGCCCCAUGUAGUCAGGGUACAAUGGGAACCUGAUGACCAUCUUGCAGAACUAUGUCACAUGUUGCAGGGUGCUGCAGCAGAGAAUGUAGAGAGCCAGCUGGUGCAGUACGUAGAAAACAAAAUAGAACCAACCGGCUGGAAAGCUGUGUGGACAGUUCCACCCAACCUACCAAAUUCUUCAUUCAACUUGAAACAGGAGGCGUGUGUUUAUGUCGAUGUCAUUGAUGUCAGCCGGGAGAAGCUGACAGCAGCAGUGAAGGUGCUGAAGCCAGUUGGCAACAUGCUAAAGGGAGACUUGCACCUGAUUGAAGAGGCCAAAAACAAGGUGUUCCAAGUCCCACUGAUCGAGCUGUCAGUACUUGCAGACCAAGAGAAUGGAGCGCUGGACAUGGUCAACACUGCAGAAGUCAUCUGCCAGAUAAAAUUUUUCUAUGAACAUAUUUGGCAACCCUGGGACCUGGAGGAAGAGAACACUGCCUUUACCCACGCUGUCGUCACUUCUCGGCUGAAGCUGUACCAGGACAUACAGGAUGGCCUCAUUCCAUCAUCAGUGGCUGCCCAUCUUAAAGCCAUUAUCAGAGAAGCUUGUGCUACACUGAAGGAGUUACAGAAUAUUGAAUCAAGAAAUGAAGCAAAAGGUUUAGAUUUUGAAAUGGAUGAAAAAGAUGUUGCUCAUCUCUUCAAGCUCCAUAAGCAACUGGAAAACCUAAAGGCUCAAUUUGAAUUGUUGAAAAACCCUAUCCUAAGGGAACUUUCAAUUUUCCCGACACAGGAGGAAGAGAUGCAUGUUAAAAAACCUUAUUCCAAGGUGAAGAUAGUGGCCCAUGGCCUUACUACAUCACAAAUGUUGAAGCAAAUGGCUAUGCUGCCAGAACUCAUUAAGUCUCUGACUCAGAUUACUGAUGAAGACUUGUGGCAGACCUGCUCCACCCUGCAGGACGCCAUUCAUGCAGCUCACGAAGGAGAUGUGAUCAUCUUGCUCCCUGGGCAGCACACACUCUGUCAGCUAGGAUUUUUAUUUGCUAAAUGCGGAACACUUAUUGGGCUUGGAGAAGGUGUGGUGGUGGAGGGCAAAAGUGAGAAUGGCGAUGUGUUGAUGGAUAUAACCGGCAAUUUCACCAUUCAGAACAUUGUCUUGAAGCCUGGCCCCGGACAGAUUGGAGUUGUAGUACACAAUGGCCUGACAAUCAUGCAGAAGGUUACAAUUAUGGGUGGAAAAUGGGGUGUGCUUGGUCUGAAAGAAACACAGAUGGAUAUGAACCAAGUAUCUGUCCAGAAUUGUAGUUCUGGAGGGAUUGAUUUCAGGGAUGGAGCUGCUGCCAGCAUUUCUUCAUCAACUAUUAAGAACUGUAGAAUUGGCAUUCAGUUUGAGGAAGGAGCAAAGGUAUCAUUGUCCAGUACAAGGGUUGAGCACAAUGAAAAGUAUGGCAUGGUGAAGCUACUGCCUGAAGGAAAGGAAUGUUCAGCACAGGAAACACCAGCUGAGGCAAAAUUAGCAUGUUUGUUGCAGAAUGAUACAGAAAACACAGUGGAGCAGAAUGGUGAAAAUGUUGCAGUACUUUCAGCUGCCCUUAUUUCUCCAAAAAAUUAGAGGAGACGCUGUUGUCUCAUUCCCAAAAUACUCCAACAAUGAUGGGCUGCAUGCCUCACACAGUGCUGCAGCUGCAACUAUAUAAAAGCUGUAUAUAAAUGAUUUGUAAGUGGUAAGCAUAUUUUUAUAUAAUCACAGUUUUUUUUAAAUAGAUAUGAUUGUAUUUGAUUCAAGCUUUGUUUAGUCUAUUAAGAAUGCAAUAUAGAAAAAAGUAUAAUAUAUAUGUAUCAAUUAUCAGUUUUUUUAUAGCUUCAUUCAUUUUAGUCAUACCGUAAUAGAUUUAUGGCUUACCUGUGCUUAGUGAAUCACACCCUAAGUGAGCACAUGCAACAAAGUUGUCAUUCAAGUACAGACAAUUCAGUGCUGUAUUUCCAUGCCCAGCAACAUGGAAGCGUAGUAACCAAAUUUUUUCUAAAAGAAAAGUUUCA